AUGGCCCGCAUUCUGGGUUCUGUUUUGCUCUUGGUCUUGUGCCUGGUCGCUCUUGUCAGCGCCUGGUCUCCUGAGGACCAUGAAAUUUUCCGUCUCCAAGACGAAGUCGCCCAGCAUGAAGGCAGCAACGUUACGUUCUACUCCUUCCUUGGAGUAAAGCCCUUCGCAAGCAUCGAAGACGUCAAUGCCGCCUACAAGAAGAAGGCUCGUGUCUUGCACCCUGACAAGGCCCGUCAACGCUUCAUCGCUACCUACGAUACCGCACCUCCUGUCCAAAAGGCCAAGAAGGGUGAAAAGCCCACCGUCCACGUCCACAAGAACAAGAAGCCUACACAGAAGGAGAUCAAUGCUUUCGGCAAGGAAGCCUCUGCUCGCUUUGCUCGCCUCGGCAUAGUGACCAACAUUCUUCGUGGCCCUGAACGCCAGCGCUACGAUCACUUCCUCCGCAACGGCUUCCCUAAAUGGCGUGGUACCGGCUACUACUACCAGAGGUUCCGCCCUGGUUUCACCACCGUCAUGCUCAGUCUCUUCGUCUUCAUCGGUGGUGGUGUUCACUACGUCGUCCUCUACAUGAACUACAUCAAGCACCGCGAUUUCGUCGACCGCUACAUCCGUCAUGCCCGCCGUGCUGCCUGGGGCGAUGAUAUCCAAGGCAUCGCCAACAUUGGAAACAGUGCCCCUGCCCCUGUCGUCGAGCCUCAAGCCGAAGAAGAGCCUCAGGCCAUGAACUGGAACAGAAAGGAGAAGCGUGCUGCUGAGCGUGAAAGCAAACGUGCUGCCAAGCAACCGAAGUCUAAGAGAGCUGCCGUUGUUGAACAGGCAAAGAACUCUGGUGUCAGCACUCCCGUCGAGGCUGAGCUUACUAGCGGUGGCCCUGUCGGUGCUAAGAAGCGCACUCAAGCCGAGAACGGCAAGAUCCUCAUUGUCGAUAGUGUCGGCAAUGUUUUCCUUGAAGAGCGCACCGAGGAGGGUGAGCUUCACGAGUACCUUCUUGACGUCAACGAGAUUCAGAAGCCUACCUUCAACGACACUUGGUUGGUUCGUGGACCUAUUAUGCUCUACAACAAGUCUCUUGGCACUGUCCUUGGAAAGAAGACUUCCGAGGCCGAGAUGGAAGAACUGCUCGAGGGCACCGAGGAGUCAGAAGGUGUUGACGAAGCCACCGCUACGCUCAAGUCUGCUGCUCAGCCCAACGCCAACGCAGAAUCGCGCAAGAGAAAGAUCAAGCCCAACAAGCAGAGAUCUAGUUAA